CGCCCUCUGACGCGGCGCUCGCGAAAUCGUUUCCUUGAAGUGAAGGUCCAAACAAAGCACGCCCUCUGCCCCUUCCCCCAACGUCUGCCCGCCUAUAUCAGCCCCGGGCCGGUGGCUGUGGUAGCGCUGGACGAGUUGGAGUGGGCACGGUAUGAGGAAUCAGUAAGUAGCAGCCCUUUGCAUGCAGCUGGGCCUGCUUUGGCCUCGGCGCUUGGCAGCAGUUGGGCCGGAGGUUGGCGUUUACCGUGGAGGUAACAGCACAAUUUGAGGCUUGUUUAUUGAGAUCUAUUUUCCAGGAUGAAGUAGACAAACAACAACAUAGGAAAGGUGUAAUUUAUAAGUAAUGACAGUUCAUUUGUCUCUAGAUGCGUAUUUGUUCUUUGUCAUUAACCCCAAAAGUCUUUGGUGGAAGCAAAGAAACAAGUACUUGUGUUUGUAUCGACCUAAAGUCUGCUGGAGGUUAAGUCAUGCCAUUCACCUUAGAGUAUUUCAUACCGGUGAGCCUCAGUAUAAACUGGCCAGAAGCAGAACGUUGUGGUAUAGCAGACACAUCUUCAGUCGUGACUUUUUGUACUACAGAGUUUCGAAACUUUUAACUUCGUCUUCCAAGGGACUUACAAAAGUGAACAGUCGCAUGUCACGAAUUAAGAAUACUAUAGAAUCCGUUUCAAAGGCAGUGUCUGGCACUCACAGCGAACUGGUUUCACGAAUAGCUCGUUUGAAGUCACAUUCAGGUACUCUAGGAAAGGAUACUAAAAGUAAUGCAGAUGAAAAUAACCUCAAUGUGAAUCUGGAAAGUUGUAAACAAGUCUCUGAUGCCAGAACUCAGGAGGAUUGCGGCAGAGGCCUCGCUGCCAAGAAAUUCAGUAACACAAAUGAAAACUGGGAGUGUGUGUUAAAUAGUACAAGUGACACUAAGCAAGAUAUUCCAGAAGAUUCACCGUCUGCUAAAAACCACCUUUUUCAUAUAAGUUACCUUUCCACAAGUUUUGGCGAGACUUAUAACUUUGUUGCUGAUCAUAUCAACUGGUAUUUCAGUAAUAGUUCUGUUAUGGAUCCAGAGAAGAAGAGGGAUGCUUUGUUACAGAGCUCUAAAAGUGAAGCAAAGCUUGAUUCAUCGGAGAAUACUGUAAUUAGUAAAGAAAAGACAGUGAAUUCAGCAGCUACUUCAGCUCCUGAAACAGAGACUCAAGGUGCUGAGAAGUCAAAUGCUACUCUUCCUGUUGCCACUAAAAAAAGUAUUGCAGACUUUUUUUCAUAUCCCAGUAACAGUGUACAGGCUUUUGUAGACAAUUACAUUGGUGGGUUCGUUCCCAAGUUAAGAUCGGAUACAAAAGUUACUGCAGAGGUAAAGAGUAAACAGCCCGAGCAAGAAGGGUCUGAGAAGGAUGAGGAGGAUGAAGACAAAGAGAAUAAGAUUGUGGAAGAGAAGGAAAAACAUCUGUCCAUUCAGAGAGAAAAAAUCAUAGCAAGAGUGAGUAUCGAUAACAGGACUCGAGCUUUAGUUCAAGCCCUACGAAGAUCCUCAAAUCAAAGAGUCUGUAUCAGCAGGGUCGAAGAACUGACUUACCACCUUCUGGAAUUUCCAGAGAGCAGAGGAGUUGCAAUUAAGGAAAAGAUAAUCCCAUGCCUAUUGCGAUUGAGACAAGCAAAUGAUGAAAGUCUCCAGGCUGCUGUUAGAGAGACUUUGGCAAUAAUCGGAUAUACAGAUCCAGUGAAAGGCUGGGGAGUUCGAGUCCUUGCUAUUGAUGGAGGAGGAACAAGGGGUUUAGUUGCACUUCAGACACUACGGAAACUAGAAGAACUUACUGGAAAGCCAGUUCAUCAUCUUUUUGACUACAUUUGUGGUGUAAGCACAGGAGCUAUAUUAGCUUUUAUGCUGGGGUUAUUCCAUAUCCCUCUGGAUGACUGCGAAGAACUAUAUCACAAGUUGGGAUCAGAUGUUUUUAAGCAGAAUGUUAUUGUUGGAACAGUGAAGAUGGGCUGGAGCCACGCCUUUUAUGACAGUGAUAUCUGGGAAAAAAUGCUCAAAGAAAAAAUGGGAUCAAAUCUAAUGAUAGAAACUGCACGGAAUUCCAAAUGUCCAAAGGUAGCUGCAGUAAGCACCAUUGUAAACAGAGGAACACCACUGAAAGCUUUUGUUUUUAGAAACUACAACCACUUCCCUGGGGUGAAGUCUCAUUAUAUUGGAGGCUGUCAGUAUAAACUGUGGCAGGCCAUUAGAGCAUCAUCGGCUGCACCAGGGUACUUCCAGGAAUAUGUUUUGGGCGAUGAUCUUCACCAGGAUGGAGGCUUGCUUCUAAAUAACCCUUCUGCACUGGCAGUUCAUGAGUGCAAGUGUCUUUGGCCAGAUGUUCCACUGCAGUGCCUGGUAUCGCUGGGUACUGGCCGGUACGAAAAUGCAGGGAAGACGAAUGUCACAUACACCAGUUUGAAAGCCAAACUCACAAAUGUUAUCAGCAGUGCGACUGACACAGAAGAAGUUCACACCAUGCUGGAUGCACUGUUACCACCAGACACUUAUUUCAGAUUUAACCCUCUGAUGAAUGAAGACAUUGCUCUGGACGAAAGUCGGAAGGAGAAGCUCAGCCAGCUGCAGACAGAUGGGAUUCGCUAUUUGGAACGAAAUGAAGAAAAACUGAGAAAAGCAGCAAAAAUAUUAACAGAAGAAAAAUCAACUUUACAGAAAUUUCACGAUUGGAUAAAAUUAAAGGCUGAUAUGUAUGAAGGUUUUCCUUUUCUUUCCAAAUUGUGAAUCUGUAAUGCAUGGAAGUCUGUAAAUGUGAACCUUAUUUCAGAAAACUCAUUCAGUGCUGUAGAGGAACGGUGUUCAUUGUGGGUGAGCAACAUCUUUGGAAGCUGUCUGUAGAACUCUGGUGCGAUGCAGGAUGGCUGUUUUGUGCCCACUUCCUUGAUAUCAAGUUUUAUGUUGUUAAUUAUUUUCUGAACUUUAGGGAUCUUACUGUUGUUCUUAUUCAAUUUGUUGAAGUUGGUAAAACUGAAAAUUAUGAGAACAGUGCAUUUUUCAGUGUGUGUACCAUAUUUAUGGCUGGAGUGAGACUCUUGUCAGCCGCCAGGCUCAUUGCAAAUGAACCAAUUAAUGAAAAAUAAAAUCCUCAUUCACUUUAGGGUAGGCAACGUACUUGUUAGGCUCUUACGUAGCCACUGAGUUUAAUAGAAGUGAAGCCAAAAACAAAAACAAACCCUUUGCCUGUGUUAAUUGCACUUUUACAUUUGAAAGAUAACAUUUAAAUUCUUCUUCUUUCCAGUGGUUUUUGUACAUAACUGUUCGGUGAGAUGUUUGGAUGACUAUAAAUGGCAUAUUAAAUUAUGAAGAUUAACCAAUAUUCUUAGGA